UUGAGAAAAAUAAUAACAUUCACAGUUUUGUUAUGGAAUCUACGAAAGAGAAAGUUUAAUGAUAACAACUUAAAGCAAAAGGAAAGUUUGUAUUUCUCUUAUAACUUUUAACUGUACAGAAAGAUAUAUAAACACACCAAUACAAAAAAAUGCACGCAGUAUUGCUUCAAAAUGAAACAAAGAACAAAAGUUCAUAUUGUAAAAGACUGUGUCUUCCAUUGUUCUUUUCGUUUCUGUUUCUCUCCUUGUUAACUUGGGUAGGUUAUGUGUACACGAAAUCAGAAAAGAAGUUGGAAGAAAGUUUGCAUAAAAUAAACGCAGAGAAAGGUCGCACGCAAAGUUUGAUCAGACAGGCAUCUUCGUAUAUGACGUUGGUAAACAAUGCGAAGAAAAGCACAUUGUUGUAUGCAAAAUUAUUAAAGGCACUGGAACAACGAAGAACAGACUCGACCAACAAGAAGGGCUUCAUUGCUUUAAGUUUGUGUGGAAAGAACGACCGAAUGGUGAAGAGCAAUAGAGGGAGUCCAUUUUGGGACUGGAAAAUCACAUUAAAAGCCGGCAACAUUAACUACACAAAUAAUUUUAUCGUCAUCAAGACACCAGGAGUUUAUUUUGUUUACGCUCAGAUGUUCUUUUUUCACAAUAAGAACAGCUUUAAGAGAAGUAUAAUGGACUUUCACAUUUCCAAAAAUCGUCGAGACAGGUUAGUUCUAGCAUCUGUACCAGUGAGCACGUGUCCAGAAGCUUGCACGCGUUACAUAUCAAGUGUCGUAAAGCUAAAGAAGAAUGAUCGCCUCGCUGUGUCAUCUUAUGGUGACGAUAUUCAAUUCAAAUCGUCACAAGACAAGUGUCAGUUUGGUGCUGUUUUGCUGAAAAGAAGCAGUCAAUGAAGGAUUUUAAGAGCACACAAGGAAUAAUCUACACGUUAUAAAGCGUUUCAAUUAAUCACAUAUGUUAUAAUAUGUACCAGGAAUAUUAAUAAAAUAAAAAUCGAUGAUAGAUAAUUUAAAAGCA